AAAAUUUGUCUUCCAUUGUGGACCGUAUUUGAUAUUUAUUCAAAAACUAAUAAUGUUUAUUAUUGGGCAAUUGAGGCAAUUGAGACAAAAGACAGGAAUGAUAAUAGGAAAAACAAUUGCUAA